AAUUAGAGAUAACAAUAUGGGAAACUGGGCGGGAUAUACACUGCUUGUUUAAGACAGUAUCGAGCAUUAGAGCAAAACAUUACAGCGGUGGUGAGCAGGUAUUGGGUAAUUGCCAAAGAUGUUUGCCAAAGCCACCAGUAACUUUGUGAAGCAGAUAGACUCGGAUGGAGAGCUGAUUCCUGUUGCUCGACUGAAUGACUCUGACAAGCUUCAGCCUCUUUGUCUGGUGAUUAAACGCAAGAGAUUCUGGUUCUGGCAGAAGCCAAAGUAUAUUUCAUCACCAUUCACCUUGAGCGAUGUGCUUACUGGAGACAAGCCUAUUAAACCUGUUGUUGUGGACUCUGAUUUCCUGAAGUAUGAAGGCACAUUUGGGGACAUCAUCGGAGGGAAUGUUGAAACUGAAGUUGGAAAUCUCAACAUCAGCAUGGAAGGAAAAGGUUCCUCUAAACUGCAGUCUUCGUUUGGAGACUUAAGGAAGCAGGAAGUUGAUGUUCUUCAUCUCCUGCAAGACUCUGAAGAAAGGGUGAUAAACAUGGACCAUCCCUUUGUACAGCAGACUCGUGAAAGGCCCAAUGAAGUGUUUGGUGUUCUCAAAGAAAAAGUCAUCACCACUCAGAAGUGCUUGAUUUCUGAGCAAGUUCAAGAAGAAGGGCAGUGUGGUAGUAUGUUGGGGCUUAGAGCGAAACGGAUAAAGGUGUCAGUCCAAGAAAAUGGGAACAUGCAAAAGGACAGCAGUGUAGUCUUAGAAAUUCCACCAGAAACAGUCCUAGCUUACAGCAUCAUUGAGCUGAGUAUUAAAACCGAUGGACAGUAUGAGUUAUGUCUGCUGCCAGACAAAUGUGGGGGCUUUGAAGCUGAAACCAGGAAGAAGCCCGUCUCUCCUGAGCUCCAGUCAUUGGUGGAUGGACCAAUGGAUGAGCCAAUGGAGCCUGACGGAGGGUGGAUUCAAAGGAAGCGUUCUGAAGAUGUCAGGAACAUCCCCAGUGAAGCUCCACUCUCUGUCCUGAAACAAGAUUUAGAGGAAUUUAAGACCCAGUUUAAACCAUUUGCAGAAAUGCCUGAAGACAAGCGAUCCGCGUUGUUCAAGAUGGUGAAUAAAGUGUUGUAUGAUAAAGCAGUGCUUAUCGUUGUGGAGAAUGUGCUGGAGCAGCUCAGCUCGGGUGAUAAGCCAGAUCUCACAGAACUUGAGGAGUUAAACCCCUCUCAGAAAGCAUGUGUGACCGCGCUGCUGCAGGCCAUCGGAUACAGCUGUGAAAAGGAGAGCAAGGUGAUGGAGAUGGACAGUCUUCACAGAUCUCCUUGCCUUCUCACCGCUACACACUUCCUCACCAGUGCCAUGCAAGAAAUGUCCAAUAGUUGUCUUUCAGAACUUGCCAGCUGUUGUGACCUGCAAAUAAUACACGCUUUGUGUUCCUUGUUAAGCAGCAUUACAGCAGAAGGCAAUUCUUCACUGGAGACCCCUCUGAUUGAAGAGAAGACAUUCCACAUAGCUGAGCACCUGUUUGCUUUAUCAAACAUUAACCUGCAGAAGGAUCAAUCUGCAGUGAGAGCAACAACGGGAAAACAGCCUGGAUUCCUUCCGUUAAUCCUGUGUAUAGCUGUGAGUGGACUAGCCACACUCAGUGAAAGCCAUUAAUGUGUGUCCAAGACAAGAUGGACUGUUAUGAUUUGAAACAGUUUUUAUAGUUUACAAUUAUUUUACAUACAUUUUUUACAAAGUUCGUGGCAGCUGUAAAGAAAAAAAAAAAAAGGUUUAGAACUGUUGCACUGUUGUA